AUGUUUGCAUACACGUCACUAAUAAUAAUCAAUCAUUUCACAUUUCUAUCUAUUUUAUUUAGUUCAAGUAAUCGUGCUAUCACUGAACAACGUGAAACAGAAAAAUCUAUACGUGAAGAAGUGGAAUUAGCCACUAGACGUAUUGAUGAAAUUAAUGCUGAAUUAGAAACGGUUGUUUGUCAGCUGGGUGAAGCUAAAGUUGAACGACAUGAAUCAUCACGUGCAGCGAAAAAACAAGAACUUAUUGAAAAUUUAAAACGUCUUUUUCCUGGUGUUCAUGGUCGUCUGUUAGAAAUGUGUCAACCAUCACAUCGACGUUAUCAAGUAGCAAUUACAAAAGUUCUUGGCAAAUAUAUGGAUGCUAUAGUUUGUGAUAGUGAAAAAACAGCUAAAGAAUGUAUUCAAUAUAUGAAAGAUCAACGUAUUGAACCGGAGACAUUUUUACCACUUGAUUUUUUAGAUGUAAAACCAAUUGAUGAGAAAUUACGUGAAAUUAGUGAUCCACCUAAUGUUCAUUUAGUCAUUGAUGUAAUUCAAUGUGAUCCAAUCAUUGUGAAAAAAGCAUUAACAUUUGCUUGUGGUAAUGCAUUAGUAUGUGAAACUGUUGAACAUGCACGUUAUGUCGCUUAUCAUAUGGGUGAUAGAAAAAAGACUGUUUCAUUAGAAGGCACACUAUUUCAACGUUCUGGUGUUAUAUCCGGUGGUGCAAGUGAUUUGAAAGCUCGUGCACGUCGUUGGGAUGAGAAACAAAUUAGUACACUUAUGUCUAAACGUGAUUCUUUACAAAAUGAACUCAAAGAACAAUUGAAACGUAAACGUAAAGAAGCUGAACUACGUACUAUUCAAUCACAAAUUAAAGGUUUAGAUACUCGUCUCAAGUAUACAUUAAAAGAUAAAGAUAGCACGGAAGAAAAACUUCUAAGUACAAACGAAGAGGAAAUGAAUCAAAUUGCACGGGAAUUAGAAGAAGUUGAAGAAAGUUUAAAUCGUUGUCAAACUAAAAUGCAAGAAUUACAAAUAUCAGUGAAUGCAGAAAAAGCGAAAAUGGAUACUGUCGAAGAUACAGUGUUUCAUGAUUUCUGUGUACAAAUUGGUGUUGAAAAUAUUAGACAAUAUGAAGAUCGAGAAUUGCGAGUUGCACGUGAACGUGAUCGUAAACGACUAGAGUUCACUAAUCAAUUGCAAAGAAUCAAUAAUCAAUUGGAAUACGAACGAUCACGUGAUACGGAAGCAAAUGUUAAACGUUGGGAAGAGACAGUUUCAGUAGAACGUGCUGAAAUGGAUAAAUGUAAAAAACAAGAGAAAAAAAUCAAAGAAGAAAUGGAACAGGAAGAGAAUAAAAAAACAGAAAUUGAAUCACGUGUUGGUGAAUUGAAAUAUCGUGCUGAAAUGCUUGAUGGUGAAUUAGGUGAAAUACGUCGACGUCUAGUGAAUAAACAACGUGAUAUACAAAAAUUACAAAAAGAUUUAAAUCAAGCUGAAGCGAAAUUAGAAUCUAGGCGUGCUGAACGGCAUUCACUUUUACAAGCAGCUAAAAUGGAAGAUUUAGAUUUACCAUUGAAACCAGGCUGUGAUCCAAUACCCGAAUUAAAUAGUCAACUGACAGAUAGUGAAAAUAUGGAUCCUAGUACAGAAGAAAUGGCUCAUAUUUAUGAGUUGGAAGCUCGUCUACCAAUUGAUUUCAAACAUCUUGAUAAACCUUUACGACAAAUGACUGAUGAAAAAGAAGUCAAUAGAAAAGCUGAAGAAAUGCAAAAUCAAGUCGAUUCCAUGUUAAAUAGUUUAGCUCGUAUACAAGCUCCAAAUUUACGUGCAGGUGAUAAAUUAGGUAGUGUUGAAGAACGUCUCAGAUCAACCGAAGCUGAAUUUGAAGAUACACGACGUAGAGCUAAACGAGCUAAAGCAAGAUUUGAACGUGUUCGUCGAUUACGUUAUAAUUCAUUUAUGAAUUGUUUCAAUUCAAUCGCUGAUAAUAUUGAUCCAAUUUAUAAAAGUUUAUCAAGAAAUCCUGGUGCUCAAGCAAGUUUACUACCUACGAAUGCAGAAGAACCAUAUUUAGAAGAGAUACAAUUUCAAUGUGUUGCACCAGGUAAACGUUUUCAACAAAUGGAUAGUUUAUCAGGUGGUGAGAAGACAAUCGCUGCAUUAGCGCUGCUGUUUGCUAUGCAUCGUUAUAAUCCAUCACCAUUUUUUGUAUUGGAUGAAAUUGAUGCUGCGUUGGAUAAUACAAAUAUUGGUAAAGUUGCUAGUUUUAUACGUGAAUAUGCUUCAGCACGUGCACAAAUUAUUGUGAUUUCCUUGAAAGAAGAAUUCUACAGUCGUGCUGAUAGUUUAAUUGGUAUUUAUCCAGAUAUUGAGAAUAAUUGUCUUGCACACUUUCUAUCUCAUGUCGAAUAUUGUUUAAUUUCUUGUCAAGAUCAAUUAACAGUGAAAUCUAUUCCGGAACAAACUGAACGUUUUAUUUUAGGAUCACCAGGUGCAUAUGGUCAUCUCAGUGCUGUUCUGUCAGUGUUUGGUGAUUUAGUAUAUGAAGCUGAUUUGAAAGUUCAUCGUACCAAUUCAUCAACACCAUAUCAUUCUAUCAUAAAAGAUAAUUAUGGAUCACCGUAUAAAUUACAACAGAUACAAGAUUGUUUAAAUUAUACUACGAAAUGCAUUGAAAAGAUAAAAUCAGCUAAAAUUAUCACUAAUCUCAAUGAUCUCAUUGAAAAUCGAUCGUUUUUAUUUGAAUUAUUCUCAUGUAUUCGUGAUGCUAAAGAUUGUUUAACUCAACCACCACGUAAAACAAUUGAAGAACAUUUGGCUAAUCCUAGUCGUAAAUGUUUCUAUCCACCAAUACCGAAAGAUGUUGUUUUAAGCCUAUUUAUACGUGGAUGUUCAUUGGUAUUUGCUGCGUAUAAUUUAGUUUAUAAUAGUUUAGAUAAACGAUGGGAAGUUUUAAAUCGUUCAAGUAUUGAAUGUGUUAUGCCAAAAUUACAAGAAACAUUGUCAUAUUUAGAUGCAGCUAUGAAUACUUUAAUGUAUUUAAUGAAUAAACGUAAUAUUUUAUGAAAAGGAAUUUUUUGUUUACGAAACAAAAACUUUGAAUUUAUCACUUCUAUUGUUGUUGUUGUUGUUGUUGUGAUUUCUUUUUAUUCUUCAUUGUAUGUAUACUACUGCUAUACUACUUAUUUUGAUGUAUACAACAUUUGAUUAGUUUAAUAUAUAUUAUACAUAUGGGUUUGUGAGCUCUGUUAGUAGUGAAUAACUAUUAUUCCUACUGUUCAUACGAAAUGAAUUGGGUCCAAACCAGCUGGUGGCGUCAGCGGCGGCUUCUCAACUGGAUGAUUGAUUCGUGUAACUGUGUCUUAUAACUAUGAAGUUACAUAUAAUCACUAUAGUUUAUGUGAUAUUUUGAAGUGUUGAGAAAUUGGGUGGCUUAUGCCAUUCUACUACUACUACUGAGGCAGGCGCGGAAGAUUGUAUUAUGCAAAUUUACACUCUUCGUCAAUUAAAAACGACAACAUUACAUUGAACACUCUAUUUGCACACCAUCUUUGAGUUGUGAUUUCCAACGCUCCAUCCUUCUUCAUUAAUUCCUGUUGUUGCUUCCUUUACUUCCUGUUGGUACUCUAUUUAUUUCUUGCUUUGCGUUUUCCUCUUCUGACUGUGAGACUUCUUCUUUUACGUUCCUUCUUAUACUACUUAUAUCGUUCGUAUAAGUAUCAAUGAUAGCAGCAUUAAUCGAUAAUAAAAAUUAAUAUAUUGAGUCAAUUUUUGCGCUUCAAUAUUCAAUCGGUUUUCUUUUUUUUUGUUCAAUGACAAACAAUGCAUAAUAAUAUUAUUUAUUAUU